AUGACAGAAAUAGAAGAAGAAGAUCCUUACGCUGUGAGUUCGGAUAGUGAUACUGAAUCUCUCAAAGGUCCACCACCGAAGAUAAACAUUGAAGGACGGUCUGUUGCUGAUAUCUCUUCGCUUAAAGCCGCAUUGAAGGAACAGAAAGAAACUGCUAAAGAUGAAAAACGAUUAGAAGAACUGAAUCAGUUAAAAGAAAAAUCUGAAAUACAUAAAAUCAAGCAAGAUUUUAUUGAGGGUAUUAUUUUUGAUGGUAAUAUAAAAACUCCAUCGAAAGAUGGAUCAAGGCUGGUUGACGAAGAGCGGGAGCAACUUAUUGCCGUAACAAAGGAAAAGUAUACAAAGUUUAAAGACAAAUUUGAAAAUCUUCCCGAAGUAAUGAAAGAAGAUCUUGAAGAACGUUUGAAAAGUGUGGAAAAAAAUCUUACUGGUGUUGGCAAAAAUAAUUUAGAACAUAUUAAAGACGCUUUUGAAAAUCCGCAAAAAAUGGAUGACUAUGAACGUGAAAAAAUAGUAAUUGAACGUUCAGAAGCAGAUAAAAAGCGUAUAAUGAGGACAUUUGCUCAGCCCGAUCUCGCAGUUGAUGAAGUUCCAAGAGAAUGUGCUGCAUGCUUGAAAACUGUUUAUCCUGUUGAAAGAAUAUUUGCUAAUAAGAGAAAUUAUCAUUUUCAAUGCUUCAAAUGCUUCAAAUGUGGUAAAAAAUUAACACCAACAAAUUAUAAUAUGCAUGAAGGGCGAUUGCUAUGUAAAGUACAUUAUAUAGAGAUAUUUCAUCCUGAAAUUGCAAAAACAAUGGAUCCAGCCACAACAGAAGAAGAUGAUCGAAUAGAAGAGGAUGAAGAAGAGUAUGCAAUAUCGUCAAAACCUCGACAAUUAGCAAGUGAUGUAGUCAGAAGUGGUGGAAAAAUAGAUGACUUGUAUAUUAUUGGAUCACUAAAAGCUCGAAAAGGAGAUUGGGAAAGUUCUGCAAAAGAGGCAGAAUCUGCGCCCAUUGAAAAAAAAAGUGUCGCUGAGGAAAUCGUUGCAGGGAAAGUGAAAACUAAUUUAGAAAAAUUUGUUUCGGGUACAGCCAUCGAGGAACCUGAUGGAGAAGAAGAUGAAAAUGAUAAUCGAGAUCCAAAUGUAGUCCGUGAAGACAAAAAACAUCGCAAGGAAGAAUUAAACUUUGAACAAGUAAGUGAUAUCAAGAAUAGAUGGAAAACAGGAAAUGUGCAAAGUACUGAUAUGAAAGAUAUAUCCAAAGAUGAUUUAAAAGAGCUACAAAACUUAAUUGGAGUAAAAGAACGUUUUCAUGAAGUAACAGAAGCUGAACAAAAAGUUGUCAAACAAUGGGAUAUGAGUGCACUUGAUACUUCAGGAGUAGCUGAUGCUCGAAGAUCUUUCUUGGAAGGCUCUGCAUUUCAGGCUGGGCCAAUUGAAAAGACAUCAGCUGAGCUCGAAGAGCUUGAAUUCAAAACACUUAAGUAUUUAGAGCUUCAAAACGUCAAAGAAAGAUUUGAAAAGGGUGAAGGUGAUAUUCAAGUUCAAAAGAUUGAAAUAGACAUACCCAACGUUGGAGAUCUUAGCAACAUCAAAUCAGCUUUUGAAAAGGGAGAAGAAAGUUCGGAGAUGACUUCUGAAGAAAGAGCAGAAAUGAAGAAGAAAGAAAUUGAGGAAGAAUUCUUAAGAUAUAAGCUUGCUAGACGUGAAGUUGCUCAGAGAAAUGCUAUGGAAAAAGUACUAAUAAGAUAUUUACUUUUAUUAAAUCUAUAUAGAACUAUUUUAUUUUUACUAAAUACACAUGCAUCUAGUGAUGCUGAAGAUGUAGAAAAUGAUAGAGAGAUUCAAAUUGGAGCGAUAAAAAAUCGUUUUGAAAAAGGUGAAGCACCCAGAAAUGCAUCAGAAGACAAAAAGUUGGAUGUAGAAAUUAAGAUAGCAAGCAAAGCCAGAGAAAAGUUUCGACAAAUUGAUGCUGAAGGAGCUCAGUCAACUACUUCAGAUAGUCAUUCGAAGGAAAAACAUGUGAGCAAGUGGGAUAAGAAAGAAGGUGCUGUACCAGAACCAGUGAACAGACGCCUAAUAGAAUAUGAAGUAGUUGUUGAACGAAAUUCGCAAAAACUGAUUACAGAUGAUGAAAUAGAAGAUGAUGAUAGUUUUGACGUCAAAAAUCUUAUGCAAAAGUUUACAAAUAUUGGCAAAGAAGAAGAAUCUAAGAUCAAGCAUGAAAGACCUAGUGAUCUUGAUGAGAUUAAGAUAGCUGCACGUAAUUUGAAAGAGCAAUUCGAAAAUGCUGGCAAAGAAGAUGGAACUGAAACAGCUGAACAAAAACGUCGAAGACUUGAAGAAGAAUUUGAACAAUUAAGACGUGAGAAGGAAGCUGCAGCUGCGCAAGAAGAAACUCUCGAAGAAGAAUCGAUUGGACAGGAAAAAGACGAAAUCUGUGUUGUUGCUGAUCAUGCUUCUAAAAUGGCUGCCAAAUGGGAAAAGAUUCAGAAGAAAGAAGCGAAAAAAGCUGAAAAAGGCAAAUUGCCACAAAAAAAUGUAGUAAAAGCAAUUUGGAAUGCUCGUGUGGCAUCAUCUCCUCGAUGUAGUUGUUGCGGUGAAGCUGUUUAUCUUGCCGAACGCUUGCAGUGCCUUUCACAAGUAUAUCACUUGAAGUGUUUCCGAUGUAAACAUUGUGGUCUGCAUCUAAGAGUGGAAAAUUGUCAGCGAUCAACGGAUGGCAGUAUAUUCUGUGAAACACAUUUUCGUCGUCUAUUUAUUCCUCAGAGUUCGUAUGUUUUUCAACACAAUCAACAAUUUGUAGUAACAAGCUAA